AAUUAGACCAUUAAAUUAGAUAUUAAUUUAUUUUUUAUUUUUUCUUCUGCACGAGUGAUACUUUAAUCAAAGAAAGAUGGUGAUUAUCGAAUUUUGUUUGAGCUAUUUUAUUAUCAAAUAAUUAUGAACUUACUCAAAUUUGUGUGCUCCAGCAGUUUGGGUGGUUGUAUGAUGUCUGAUUAUCAUCCUUUAGGCAAUAUGUGAAGGUAGCGAUAAGCAUUUGUACCCACCGUGUGUGGACGAAAGUGUGGUUUUGUGUCUCGCUGUGCAUAAGAAUUCUACAAAGGGAAAGAACUAUUAGGCAACUCGGAAAUUGCGUAUUUGAAGACACAUUAUGGUGGAUUGCACAGACAUGGUAACUUCAGUCUCUGAAGUCAUCAGCACAACUACCUUGGUACCCAGCACAGAUACCGAUGACAUCAUCACAAUAGAUCCUACUUUGAAGGAUGAUUUGAGUGAUGAAUCAAUGGUGGAGACAGACCCAGGACUAUCUGCUACCUCCAUGUCUCCUAGUCUUGCAAAUCCCACCAUACAAGGUUUGUUGUCCUCUCCAGCAGGGCUUUCACUUCAAAGUGGUCAGUUCCUUACAACUACUGAUGGCAUCCAGAUAAUCGCUGUCAAUGGGACCACUGACCUUGCAAGGGAAGGACAAAUCUGGCAGGUGGUGCAUCCUGACAUGGCUACCAUCAUUGCUGUGAACUCUGAUCAGACAUUUGAAAUUGAACCCAAGGAGGAGGAUAAACUAGGAGAUACGACCAUGGAGGAUGCAGACAGUCAAAGCCUUGGGGUUGUGUCAAGCCAGGAUAUGGUACCAGAUAAUACUGAGGUCCUCCCGGCAGAUACCCCACUGUGGGCCCAUAGGAUGAACAAGUGUCAGAAAAUUGGGGACUACUACAGAGGGUAUGUUCACUCUGAGGUCGACCUUGACCUUCUGUUAACUUACCAUAAGCAGCAAACACAGAGUUUCUGGGGCACGCGUCAGUCGCCUUGCCCUGCCAAACCGUCCACGCGAUUAAUGUGGAGAUCACAGUAUGUCCCAUUUGAUGGAGUUCCAUUUAUGAAUUUAGGGAGUCGUGCUGUUGUGAUGGAGUGUCAGUUUGGACCCAGACGACGAGGAAAUGCUAAAACCACUCAUGAAUACAAGCAAACCUGUCCGGCCAGGAUAUACAUCAAAAAGGUCAAGAAGUUUCCAGAAUUUGCAGUUGAUGUUAAUCAAGAUAAGAAGUCGCUAAAAGCUGCGAUGGAUAAUGCAUUUCAUCAAUUGAAGGUCCUUGGUGCAAAUGAUAUAGGGAAGGAAUUAUAUUAUGUCCAGUUACCAACAGAGAAAGCUCACGAAUUCCAUGGAGAGCUUCAGCUCAACACAGCAGAACCUCCUCCAACUGUAAACCCUCACCUAGAAACACCCAAGGAGAGGCUGGAUCCCCGAGUCAGGCAAAAAAUCAGGGAACUGGUAGCAGUUGGGGAAACCAGUGUUUAUACUGUCAGAAAACAGCUCAGAACCUAUGUGUCCAAGGUUCUGUACAUGGGUACAGAGGUGCCAGAAAGACAUGACCUUACUCUGUUUCCUACUGUCAAUGACCUCAAAAACCAGAUCCACCAAGCCCUGGUAGAUGUAGAAAAUGGCACGCUGGCAGUCACCACUCCACAGGUGAAUGUGGAGAUUGUUGGGCAGUCCUCUGCGAGCCAGACUACAGAGUUUUCCUCUGUUGUGGAUGGAUCUGUGUGGUCAUCUGAUGGUGUUCAACCUGUCCCUGAGACAGUCACAGUCACUCUAACCCAGAAACCAGGAGACGAUGGCCAUCAUGUGAUAUCACGGAUUGAGACACACCUGAGUGAUGGUUCAACGCAAGUCAGUACACACCUGACCCCAGAGACGGCUCAGCUUUUGUCACGGCUUCACCCUAACAUGUUUCCAGCUGGUUGUCUUUUACCAUCAGAAGACCCAGAAGAAUCACAGCAAACUCUGAUAGAAUCUAAAACAGAUGAGUUCAAUCUGAAGGAGGAUUCCUCUGAUACUCUGUGUAUAAGUGCUAUCCCAUCCUCCUCCAAACAAAGUCCCACUAUGCUAGACAGUACAGAGACUCAUGACAUAGAAUCUCUAGCAGUAAUUGUCAAUAGUGAUGAUUGCAAUGGUCAGACUAUGAUGGUGUCUAUAGACAACGGUAACCUUGACAAUGCCUCAGACCCUCCAUCCAUUGUACACCAUGCAGAGGAUGAGGACAAUUCAAUAGAAAACCAGCUCAAUUGUGUCGGUGUUUCCAUAGCACCAGAGUCUGAAAUCAUUCUAAAUGAUCCACCGGUGUCUGAAUUUCAACAAAUUUCUGAUUCCUAGUGCAGUGUUGAAGCAGGUUGAAGGCCAUGCAUUAUAGGAUGACAAUUUGUCUGUUAACAUUUCAAUUAAGUUAUUACUCUAUUGCUCUGACAAUAUUAGCAAUGUAAAUCUGAAACUUGUAUGAAUAUUAUGGUUAUAUGAAUAUUUUUUUCAAUAUAGAAUAAGGAUGGGACAGUAGGCUAUGAGCUUAUGAAUGUCCUCUGCAUGUGAGUAACAUAAAUAAUAUAUAACAUUUUUUUUAAAAUUUAUAGUUCAGGAGGUAUAAGCUGAAAGGAGCUUUUCUGAUCACCUAUAGUCUGUCGUCCAUCCAUCUGUAAAUUUACAAUUUUUUUUUACUUUUCCACAACCACUUGGCCAGUUGUCAACAUCCUUGGAGAAAGGGGAUUCAAAAUGGUUCAAAUGAAUGGCCUCGUCGUUUUCAUAUUGGAGAUAAUUAAGAAAUAGUGAAGUUUGUUAACACCCCUUGUAAUAUGCACAUCUCCAGAUUGUGGUCUUUUUUUUGUAGCAAGUUUCAUCAAAAUCUCCCCCAAAGGGUUUAGGAGGAGUUGCAAAGACAAAGUUAAAGGGACAGACAGACGGAUGACAGCGUAAUAGCAUAAUAUGCCCGCAUUUUUAUGUGUGUACGUAUAAAAACCACUGGGCCAAAAAUGUUUAUAUUUAUAUAAAGCUUCCUGACGUAGUACAGAUUCAGAUUUGUUAAAAUCAUGGCCCCCGGGGGUAGGAUGGGGUCACAAUAGGGGAUCAAAGUUUUAUAUGCAAAUAUACAGGUAAACUUCGGUAUCUUGAACACCGAUAUGUCGAAUACCACGGAUGUCUCGAAGUGAGUCAACGACCCCGGCCAGGUUGACUAUAUUAAUGAUUUUAAAAAACCUUGAUAUCUCAAACAUGGAAAUCUCAAAUACUUGGUGAUGGCUUAUCUCAAAGUAGAUUUACUGUCCCAAGUGCUAAAAACACCUGCAUUAUCUCGAAGUCCAAGAAGUUUCUCGCUUCAUUGCAUUCACACCAUUCACAGAAUCAUCCCAUUAUGUUAAUUUUACAGUCUGUUGGACGUUGGGUCUAGCAUGGGCUUCAUGGGACCAUUGUUGACAAUCACACCUUAUUAGCCCCAAGCUGUUGAUUUGGUAGCUUUAUCUAAUGAUGCAGGCUGGGUGAUAAUGAAAUGCACACAUAUAUGUAAAAUGACUCGAUAAUUAAACAAGCAGCUUUGGGACGAUUACUGAAAUAGGAAUUAAAUUUUGUCGUAAUACAUAUUUACACAUGCUAUUACAGAUCAAAGUAAACACUGAACACACUAAAGUGAUAUGGAAAUCAAGAAAAUAAUUAAAGAUCUUAUUUUUAGUAUGAAUAUAUCAGCACCAAAAUUCAAAACAUACAUCAUGUCUGAUAAGCAAUGUAACAAGCGACCUGGUACCCAACCCGGGGGAAUAGUUGGAUUAUUAUACCCCCCGCAACAAGUUGUGGGGGGGGGGGGGGGUAUACUGGAAUCGGGUUGUCCGUCCGUCUGUAGACGCAAUGGUUUCCGGGCUCUAAAGCAUUAUCCUUUCCACCUACCGUCACCAUAUCAUACAUAUGGACUACCCAUGGGAUGAAGAUAUUCCCUAUCGAUUUUGGGGUCAAAGGUCAAGCGCACGGGACAUUGAAGUAGCAAUAUGGUUUCCGGGCUCUAAAGCGUUAUCCUUUCCACCUACAGUCACCAUAUCAUACAUAUGGACUACCCAUGGGAUGAAGAUGUUCCCUAUCGAUUUUGGGGUCUAAAGGUCAAAGGUCACGCGCACUGGACAUCGAAGUAGCAAUAUGGUUUCCAUUUAAAUUCUUUAAUGGCUUUUUUCAUCGCAUGGAGAUGCUGUGUUCCUAGAUACCUUUUGGAUCAUAAUACUGAAGUUUUACCUAUUACCAACACCCUUUGGGAGAUUGGGGUAAGCAGGGGGUAUUCUUAGUGAGCAUUGCUCACAGUACCUCUUGUUUGGCAGUGGUGUGAAAAGAAAAUUUAAAAUUAAUAAAAAUUGAAACAAAGUCCCAGGCUGUAAGAGAUGUCGAAAAAGGCACAGAAUCCAAGGCAGCAAUAUUUCCCGUUUUCGUCUUCAUUACAGUGAUCUGCGUAUCAUUUACAAAAACCGGGUAUCAGAAGUACUGAACUAAACGUGAUAUAAACUGUGAUUAUCGCCAUAUCAAACAACGGAAAUUCGUAAAAUGUAAUUGUUGCAUUAUCAUAUAAAGUAAUAGAUAUACAAAAUAUAUGCAAAUGCAAACAUAUUUUUUAAAAAUCCCAAACUUCCAACUAAAACUUUUACCACUUAGGUGUGUUUAUUUACCUAUCAAAUAGAAGGUGCAACAUAAAACAUUACACAAUAUUGGUGUCAAAUUCAUUAACUUCGAUUUCUCGAACCCACGGAUAUCUCAAAGUUUUUCUUAGUUCCUAACAAGUUUGAGAUAUCGAAGUUUACCUGUAUAUGGAAAAUCUUUGAAAAUCUUCUCAAGAACCACUGGGCCAGGAAAGUAGAAAUUUACAUGAAAGUUUUCUGACAUUGUGCAGAUUCAAGUUUGUUAAAAUCAUGACCCCCGGGGAAGGAUGGGGCGACAAUGGAAUCAAAUUUUUACAUACAAAUAUAUAGGGAAAAAUCAUUAAAGAUCUUAUUUUGAAGAAUGACAGGGCCAGAAAACUUUACAUUUACAUGAAAGAUUCCUGACAUGGUGCAGAUUCAAGUUUGUUAAAAUCAUGGCCCCCAGGAGUAGAUUGGGGCCACAAUAGGGAUCAAAGUUUUACAUUCGAAUAUAUAGGGAAAAUAUUUAGCUAUUGGCCAAGGUGAAUCAGGUGAGCGAUGUGACCCAUGGGCCUUUUGUUUGUUUUUUCCCCCCUGAAAAUAUGGACUCUGGGGUUAGAGUAAGGCUAGAAUCAGGGAUCAAAUUUUUUUUAUGAUCCAUGAAUAUAGGGAAAACAUUUCUUUCUUUUUUUGUUUUUUGUUUGUUUAAUUUCUCCAGAACAUGAAGUUAGUUAUGUUGAUAUGAAAGCAUCCCUAUGUUGUUUGGAUUCAACUUCGUUUAUAUAUCGUCUCCAAUUCCGUCCCGGUUUUAAUAUUUAGUAUGUCCAACAAUAUCACGUUUUCUGCGUUAACUUGGGCAACAUUUCAGUAAACGGGCACAUGUUACUUACUAUCAGAUAUAAUGAGUUCAUGCAGGCACAGUUUAGCGUCGUGUCUGAAUGUUGAGGGGUGGGGAACAAACGGAGAAAAAAGAUGCCAUUAUAUUUAUAUGAAAAAUUUUAGUUAGCAAGAAAAGCAGUUCUGCCCAAAACCCAUAAAUCGUAAAGAGCAUGUACAUGUGUGAGUUCAAUUCAUCAAUUUAACCUUGCAUUUCGACUACCAUACACUGCUACUAUAUCAAGUGACCAGCUAAUAAAUCGAUCUUUGCAGGUACCAAUAAAAAAUGAAAAAUGUUUUAUGAGAUAAUUUAACGCAAUGUCAAGUAAGCAGCGGCAGCACUACAAUGCAUAAAUUGUGAUUAUAUUAUUUCAUUGCGGUCGGUUGUUUUAAUGACUCGAGAAAAUCUCAUUAAGUAAAUAUCCACAUACUAACAUAUACAUGUAUAUGGUGAGGAAAUAAGCUUUUUCUUUUGUUUUAUCUCUGCUACCAAACAUCAAAAAUUUAAUCCAAUAACUCGUAUUUAUAUACUAUGGCAUUCACUUGAAACAUACUGAAAAAUAAUCUUCAAACCAGGCAGAUAUUUUUGUAUCAGAAUUGAGUCGUCUUUAAUCACUAAUUUGUAUACAAGAGUUACCCAAGUGAUGCAUGAUUUUUGUAACUUCUUUUUCUGAAGAGUUCCAAAAUUUUCUAGUUCCAAUAUCUCUUAUUUUAUAUAAGAAGCUUCUGAAGAGCAGCAGGACGUAGGUGGACUUGGGUGAAUAUUGUGGUCCAUGGACCUCUUGUUAGGUUUACAGGUGAAAAAAUCAUAUUAGUUCCAGAGGAGGAAGAAAUUUUUAAAAAAAUGUUGAAUGAGUUUCACAUGUAAUGUCAUUCAUAUACAUAUAGUAUCUAUCAAUUUUAUUGUUACUACAACCAAGUUUUUUUUCACAAAUUAAUACCAAAAUAGACAGAAUAUCUAGUCUCUCUCUCUCUCUUUCUCUGUUUUAGUUUAAUUUUAUGUGUAAAACACAAUUUGAUUAGUUCAUGUAAGAGAUAAAUUUCAUUUACAUUUAAAGUGCAUCAUUAAUUUUGCCAGUGUAAAGUGUCGGAGUUCAUUCCCACGUGUAUUUCAACAAAUGAAAAAUGAAAUUUAUUUGUGAUAUUUGCUUUCUACCUUCAUUUUAGUCAGAAUUCCCAGCCAUUUAUAUGUGAUAUUUGCAUUCUACCUUCAUUUUUGUCAGAAUUCCCAGCCAUCAAAAUAGAUGUACAUGUACUAUAUUUAUCUAAAUUCAUACAACUGCAAUGCGUUCAUGAGAAAAUGGCUAUCAUUACAAUUUGUAAAGAUAUCAAAGGCAAAAUCAUUGGAAAUAUAAUUAAAAAUGAAAUUGGU